UGUUGAUAUCAAUAUGGCGGUUGUCAGCCAGACAAAGACAGUCAGUCUGAUGUGAUUGAGACAAGGGAGGUUUUCAGGGGGAGACUGGGAGAUAGGGGCCUCCCCUCCCCCUUCUCCUCUUCCUGCGCCGGCCUCAACCCCUCCCCAGUCCCCUCCCGACGGGCGCCCCACGCGGAAGACACCCCUCCCCCUCCCGCUUUCCCCUCCUCCCUACCUCAGCCCUUCGUACCGGGACGUUGGGGAGGGGGCUGUGCCGGGCGGAGAGAACUCAGCAAGGAUUCUUAGAAUGAUAAAUAACGCUGAUCAUCUCUAGAAAAGAUAUUGAUUCACCUCAUGUAAAGUAUGCUCAGUUCCUUUCCAGUGGUUUUGCUGGAAACCAUGUCUCACUAUACAGAUGAACCCAGAUUUACCAUAGAGCAGAUAGAUCUGCUUCAGCGCCUUCGACGUACUGGAAUGACUAAACAUGAAAUUCUCCAUGCCUUGGAAACUUUGGACCGUCUUGAUCAAGAGCAUAGCGACAAGUUUGGAAGAAGGUCCAGCUACGGAGGAAGUUCAUAUGGGAAUACUACCAACAAUGUUCCAGCAUCUUCCUCUACAGCUACAGCUUCCACACAGACCCAGCAUUCUGGAAUGUCCCCAUCACCUAGCAACAGUUAUGAUACCUCCCCACAGCCUUGUACUACCAAUCAGAAUGGGAGGGAGAAUAACGAGCGAUUAUCCACAUCCAAUGGAAAGAUGUCACCAACUCGCUACCAUGCAAACAGCAUGGGUCAGAGGUCAUACAGUUUUGAAGCCUCAGAAGAGGACCUAGAUGUAGAUGAUAAAGUAGAGGAAUUAAUGAGGAGGGACAGCAGUGUGAUAAAAGAGGAAAUCAAAGCCUUUCUUGCCAAUCGGAGGAUUUCCCAAGCAGUUGUUGCACAGGUAACAGGUAUCAGUCAGAGCCGGAUCUCUCACUGGCUGUUGCAGCAGGGAUCAGACCUGAGUGAACAGAAGAAAAGAGCGUUUUACCGAUGGUAUCAGCUUGAAAAGACAAACCCUGGAGCUACACUAAGUAUGAGACCCGCGCCCAUUCCAAUAGAGGACCCGGAAUGGAGACAAACGCCUCCCCCAGUCUCAGCUACAUCUGGCACUUUCCGACUGCGACGAGGGAGUCGAUUUACCUGGAGAAAGGAGUGCCUGGCUGUCAUGGAAAGUUACUUCAAUGAGAAUCAAUACCCAGAUGAAGCAAAGAGAGAAGAAAUUGCAAAUGCUUGCAACGCAGUUAUACAGAAGCCAGGCAAAAAACUGUCAGAUCUGGAACGAGUUACCUCCCUGAAAGUAUAUAAUUGGUUUGCUAACAGACGGAAGGAGAUCAAGAGGAGAGCCAAUAUCGAAGCAGCAAUCCUGGAGAGUCAUGGGAUAGAUGUACAGAGUCCCGGAGGCCAUUCCAACAGUGAUGACGUCGACGGAAAUGACUACUCAGAGCAGGAUACUUGGCAAGUACGCAAUGGGGAGGAGGAGGAGGGAAGAAGUUCAGAGGGAGGCAGAGAAGCAGAGAAGGUAGAAGAAGAGAGGAGGAUCUGAUCCAAACAAGACGACAGCACUAGCCAUAGUGACCACCAAGACCCCAUCUCAUUAGCUGUGGAAAUGGCAGCAGUCAACCACACUAUCUUGGCAUUGGCCCGACAAGGAGCCAACGAAAUCAAGACAGAGGCCCUGGAUGACGACUGAUGAGGGAGGAUUGGACACGAGAAGUUAACUUAGUUUAGACGUAGCACCUUAGCAGACUUUCCUCGGUCCUUAACAUGUGUUCUUACAGUAUAACUUGCAGUUUCUUGUAUGUCAGUUAGCCGUUAGGGUCUUGUUCUGUGAAGAUGGCAUGGUGCCCUCAGCCUUUGCAUAUACUCUCAGUAUUAAUUCCCAGUACGUAAUAACCAACCAACCAACCAACCAACCAACCAACCUACCUUCCCUCUCCCAGACCCCGAGGCUAGAAAAUCUUGCUGCUCUGUCUUAGCAUUCCAAGAAAGUGCUUCCAGGUAUUUAGAUAGCCCUCAGUUCUCAAAUAUUAGGCUGUGUGUAUUGGGUACCUUUAGAUUCCUGUAACACUAGUCUGUACCCCUUUUCCUUCCCCAAGACUGGUAGGAUGCAAGCUGAGGUAGUGUGGCCCAGGAUGGACAGACGCCAUUUGGGGAGUACCCACAGAGUAAAAGGGACACUAGAACCCCCACCUCAGUGUGGGAAGAAUUGAUUUCCAGCUGCAAUAAGCCGUGCCUCAUAAUAGUCACACUGUGGCUAGAUUAUACUUCUUUGGGUGCUGUGCUAAGAAUGUCAGUGGAAACACUCGAUCUCAGAUUUUGGUUGAUGUUAACAUGCCUGACACAGACAUCCUUUCCUCUCACAAGCUGUGUGACUUAAGUAGAUAAAAUACUGCCUCUGCCUUUGGGACCAUGAUUAAAACAAACAAACAAACAGAAAAAUGACAAAAAACAAAAGUCAUUUAAAAAAAACAAAGCCCAGCUUGAGAGCACUGGGAAAAAACAUGAGCUGAAGGUCUAAUGGAUGUUAGGUCCAGUUCUCAGAACCACUAUACAGUACGUGGCACAGGUACAUGCCGGCCUGGAAAGGUGCUGGAGGUCGUCAUGGAAGCUGCUUUGCCUCCUGUCUGUGUCCCCUUUCCCUGCUACCAAAAAAAGGCAUUUCGAGGAUGGAGCUAAGGUCAAAAGUAAGUGAAUGAACUUCCAGUCUUUGUAUCCAUUAACUGAAGCCCCCUCAACAUGAGAGGUUGAUAGAGGACUUUAUAGCGGGAUUAUGCUGACUGACUCUCACAAACGCAAAUACUUUCCCAACUAGGAGCAGAAAAGAAGCAGGGGACGUUUGCCACUUAUGUGGUGGGUCUGCGAGAUACAACAGGAUGUGACUGCUUUGGUGUUCUCUUUACUGUGUCCUUGUAGAGGUGUGAAAAGCUAUAUUGCUACAGGCAAUUUAUUUAAUAAUUGGAAGCCAUAUUGAUAAUGGAUGUGGUAAUAUUUGUAAAGUUUAAUCUACUUUAAGCGGCAGUAACUAAUGGAAUUUUUUUCCUUGAUCACAUAUGUAGCACUUUUGUUACUUUUUAAAGAUAUUUAUAUUUGAUAAAUCUUUUUUUCAUUUUGAGAACUCAAAAUACCAAACAGUGAACUUGAGUUAUAAAGUCACCCUGUGAUCACCUUGUCGUCCAGUAGCAAAAUGAUGAACUAUUCAUGCGUCCAAGAAAAAUCACAUCUGCUGGCCUUGUAUGAAAAUCUCUUGGCAUCCCGAUUAAAGGACACACUGUCACUGUGGGUAAGAGGAGACAGCCUUCAGUGUAGCAGCGGAGGGUGCGUCUGAAAGAGGCACAGCUGCUCUCUAUUUCCUGCCUCGUUCCCUCUCUCCUUCCUACAGACAACGAAGCCUCGUUUAAAGGGGAAUAUGGGCCUGGCUGCUAAGCAGGGCGUCAUGUGUUUAUCCAUUGCCUGAAAGUGAUUCUAAAAUUGAAGGAGGGUGCCAUUUCCUUACCUCUUCACCCUUCCUCCCCCACCAAAUGUUUUCAACUUAAAACCAUUGAGAGAGAGAACGACUGGCCGCCUUCAUUUCUCCUUUCCUCAGCAGUGAGUUUGAACAUCCGCCAGCUCUAGCUGGUCUCACUCCACCUAAGGCACACGCUGGUGAGAGCACCUCCACUGUCUGUUCAUCCUGCUCAUGUCAGUGUGAGGAAGCCUUUGAGAGGCAUGAAGGUGCCACCUUCUGUGGGUCUGUGACUUUAUAGAGCUACAGGCAGGGCCUGGGCCUGCUCUUGUCCUUGGAUUUCAGGGGGAAAAUGUACAUAUUUUUUUCCAGCUUCCAAGAAUUGAAGUAAAAUGGAGUAGCCUUUUCUGUUUAACUAUAUUACUUGAACCAACGAAUUCAAGAGUAGCAUUUGUUAUUCUCAGGAAUGAUCGAUCCCCCCACUCAUUUUCUUUCUCGGUGUGUUUGACUUUUUAUUUCUAUUAGAAGACUGUGUUAUCUUUCUUUCCUUUGAUAUUAUUUAGAAAAAAUACAACAUAUCUUUCCAUUUCGGUGGAAUUUUGUCUGCUUAUUUUCAGUUGAAUCAGAAAGAAAAGGAGAGAGAAAAAUAUACUGACAAGCCACAUCCAUGAUUUAUUGUAAGGAGAUUAUUAUAAUUGAUAGCUUCUUUAAGAUGGGAUUGCUAGUAUCAUUUGUUCUUGCUGGUCCUUUUAAAGAAACAGACUCAAACUAUAAAGGCACCCGCAGUUUCUAAAGAAACAGGGUGAUUGCCAGAGAAGAGCUAAAAGGUUUCAUUGAUUUAAGACCUUUAAGGAAGGAAAGAAAGCUUCAAAGAGUAAAGGAGAGUAUCCAUGAAGGCAGUACCAGGUGCUUACCUGGAAAUCUGGGAAAAGUGAAAGAAUGUGUCUGCCAGUGCGGGGCAGCAUUGCCUUGGGUUCAGUAGGAACUGGAGGAAGGAGCCCUGCACGCGGAGUUCUUUGAUUAAAGAAGACUGCCAGUCUGCUCUAACAUCUACUGCCUUACAUACAACUUCUGCUUUUUCUCCAGAAGUGAAAAUUUAGUUCUUUGGGGCCUCGAUUUAAAUCUACCAUUGGUUUUUUGUUUGUCAUCAGGUUUAACUCUGCUGUCUUCUCCGGGCUACCUUAGUUCUUACAGUGGCAUAUGGAGUUGCCACUGUCUAAUCUGUAAUAUCUUUGGGGAGUAAAUUUUUUUCUUAAGCUUUUUCAGGCUUAAGAGGUGGUAUUAAAAUAGAAACCCUAAACUGCUCUCUUACUGAAGGGAAAAUAGCCAGGCUCUUAAAGCAUCCCAUUGUGUGCUUUUCGGUUUUUCUGUCCUCUUUUCUCACUUCCUGCUGUACUUUUUUCAGGCCCCCGAGGACUCUUUCAGGGGCUGCUCCUUCCCAGGUGAGGAAGACUAAACGUGUCAGGUGGGGAAACCUUGCAAGCAGUUCAGGUAACUUGUCUGUUAUUCUUUUAAGACACUUUCAUUGAAUUAUACUAUGGUCACAUGGGUAAAUUUCCUAGCCUUCUUAAAACACAGCCUUACAAAGGGACCCUUUAAAGAUGGACCAUCCUAAUGCCAUUUCUGCCCAUCUCUUGAGAAUCGUAACAGCAGGUGAAGGCCAGGGAGGGCUACACGGUACACUCUGAUCUGCGAUCUUCCAGGACCCGUCAGUACCAAAUAGACAUUGUGGUUUGUUUCAGCAAAGCCUGUAAGGCCGGAGCACCCCUUAAGGCAGUUUUCUUCAAGUCUCAGUACUUUGGGUGGCCUCCUCCCGCCUGCAGAGUCUGUAGAGUUCCCACAUGUUGUCGUUCGGUGGGUGGGCUCUCCCCCACGUCUCGCAGUCCUUCACAGAAAGAGAGAUCCUCGAACAGGAAGACCCCUUUCAGCUCAGGCGCGGUGAUCACCUAAAAGGACGUGAGGGAGGGAGCAGCCCCUCAGUAUGGGAGGAUGCAAACCCAGCCCCCGCGUCCUGUAGGUUUAUCAUGGCAGUAGUUGCUGACGAACAGCACCUUUACCUCAAAAGGGACGACUCGUGAAGAGCUAGUGAUACAGCUGCUUUCGUUCUCCCUGUUUGGCCUCUGUCUUUACACACUUCCCUCUUGGAUUUCAACCAUCAGGCACCAAGUGUAAGUAAAUAGACUUUCAUUUCAUCAGGAAUCUACAGUCACAUCCUGUCUGUCUGUGAACAACUCCUCUUCUCUUUUCCUCUGGGCUCCAAACCAAGGUCUCAUCUUGAGCUGACUCCUUGCUGGAAUUUUUUUAUCCUCUGCAGUAGGCAGAGUUAGGUGGGUGUGGUCCAUCUCUUCACACAAACACCCCUUCCUGUCUUGCAGGCCAGCUUUUUGACCAGCUACAUAUUCCGCUGACCAGCUACUCUCUCUGCCCACAACAGUGGAAAUAAUCCCUUUUUCAUAAAUGAUACCCCACCCCCGUCCUUAAAAUGUGAACGUCAAGUCCUUCUCUCUCUUUGGUCUUAAGAAGGGUUUGGGUAGAAGCAGUCUUCCCAUUUAACUCGUGGCUCUGCCUUUUAAAAUUGCUGUUUAUCUCUUUCUGUUGUUGUUCAGAGAACCACCAGAGUAUUUUUUUCCCCAAUGAGUCUCAACAGAUUCUUAGGCAAUAAUUUUUCUUCUUAUUGAUGACCUUGUGCGCAGUAGCUCUCUACAUUCAAUAGUCCUGACCCUCUACUCGUGCGUUGGUUUUCUGUGUUAAUCACCGUGUGUGAUUUAAAUCUUACGUCAGAGUGGUGAUAGAGUUUGUCAUUUUGUUGUUGUGAUUAUUAGUAAUGUUUUACUAGUGUAUUCACUGGGGCUGCGUUGAGACCAGCCAAAUCCAUUUAUAGCUUUACUGAGCCGCGUUUGUUUGUCAAGAUUUCCCAAGUGAACGUUGGGCACAUUGACCAGCUCCCGCUGGUGGUAUCUCUGCGGGGCACAGGGGUGGGGUGGGGGGGUGCAGCGGGGCAGGGCUAGGAGCUGCGUAAGACAUUCCUUUCUGUGUGCUCUCUAAAUAACGAGGAUGUUUACUCAGGAUUGGGGGAUCAGUUGUUAGCCAUAUUGAAUUUGGCAGACUGAGCUGCAUGCCCUGGAAACCCUCUUCUGUUUCUUAAUCUCCAUAUUGUCUGGUUGCCAUUACCUGGUAAUACCUAAAUUACCCAGUUUAAAGGUAUCGCACCAUAAUGAGAAUGGGAGGUUUUCCCCGGGAGGCAACCGUGAAUGCCCAGGUUAUCCUGGAAGGAUUGCCCUAACGGUGGUGUGCUGUCAAAGCAGGGGCCCUUUCUUUUUCUGUACUUUGGUUGCCUUCAUGAUAGGGUCUUCUUUUCAAAAGAUGAUAAUCACUUAAGAGGAAAGAUUUCCUUACUGCUCUCAAGAGAACUGCCGCACUAACGUGGUGGGAAAGGCUUUUUAAACACAUCAAGCCCAUAAGUCCAUUUCCAGUCACAGAAACCCCUCUCACAGACAGGUUAUACAAAAGGCUGGUCUUAAUUCUCACAGGCUAAAAGUGAUAAGCUACUACUCUUGCCGUCUUAGAGGGUCGAUGGUUGACUCACUAAUCGCUGGAAGCUUAUAAAUUGAGAAGUUUCCAUACCAGCUUCAUUAUUCUUCCUUAGUGGGGAUGAGAAACAGCAGCAAAAGGAAAGCUAACGAUCUUGAGAAAUCUAGUUUCCUGUAACAAUGGUUUUCUUUUCAAAUCAAGAGGGGAAUAAACAUGGGAGGGAGGGGAGGGAAAAUCUGGCUGCACGCGGGGAUCUUGCAUCCCCUUCUUAUUGUCACCCGAAGACCUCGAGGACGUGGUAGGCGCCUUGGGAUUCCAGGUACGCCUAUCCUGGGCUUCAUUUUUGUCAUUCCUCCUGUGACACCUGGGGCCAGGCAGUGAGCAGAACUAAAUCUGGUUCAUUCCAUUCAAGCAAAAUCUAACUAACUAGCAUUUUUACACCCUGCAGUUUCCCACACACGUCUCACACCCGUUCUCUCAUUAGCCGCAGCUCCCGCACAACAAGCGGAAGGACGCCUCUGCGGGGGGCCUUUGCGCUUCCCUCCUGACAUCCCUUUUCCUGGGCAGUUACGGAGCCAUCUUGCCCCCGUCCGGACGGCAGCGCUGUGCCCUCCGGUGGGUGCGGGGGCAGCAGUGGCGUGUGAGCCGGCCUGGGCGCGGGCGAGUGUGCACGGCUCCACGGGCGCUUCACACCACCUCGGGACGCCGGCCCCCGUGACUCCAUUUUCAUUCUCUGUCUCUCUCAAAUAAAAAUGGCUCUAUACAGCCAUAAUUAACUCUCAGAUUCACGUUGGUGUGCUGUGAGCAAAUGAAGGUUUGCCUGAAUCCUUUCAAAUUGUAACCAUGGCGAUUGAGGGGGGUGGCACAGAAUGAAUAUAUAAAAAUAUAACGACAAUUGUUCUGAAUGACUGAGUGUCCUCCUGACAUGUAAUUAGCUGUUUUAACAGCAAGAUGUAGAUUGGCAUGGUCAUAAUUAAAAGGAUUUCCGUCCUUUAUGUGAUUGAAAAUGGCAGCUCUCCCAUUCCCUGUUCCCUUUUAGCACUAAUGCUCCCGAGAACAUUUGGAACAGCAACUCAGUAAACUAAAAUAAUGACAUAGUGUUCGCGUCCUCUCCUAAGUGAAAGAGAAGGAUUUGGAGUUAUUUCAGCUUCAGAAUGGAAGCCUUUGAUUACUGCUCCCCAUUAGACUAAGUCACAUGAAACCUGUCGCUCACAUCCAGUUUCAACCUGCUCCAUCUAUGGCAGAAACUACAGUCAGAACCCCAAACUGAGUCACCCACUGAUGAGGCCCCCAGAGGACUCUGUCCCACAUGCCAACCAGCCAGGGUCGUGUGUGGGCCUUACCUGAUGUUUCCUGCUUCACGAGCUCCCUAGAAUUCACAUUUUCCCUUGGUCGCUUGAUAUUUCCAUUGCCGUCACCAUCAGGAAGUGUUUUUCAAACAGGAGCUUACACUUGAGUUAGAUAGGCUUUUCCUGAGCUAGAGCAGAAGACAAGACACGAACACAGAUGAAUAAACUAAAACGUAUGGUCUGUAGAGAACUUUGCGGCGUAAGUGGAAUACUGUUGUUUGCAAUGCCCUAACGUUACUGGUGGAGAAGGACACGUGUGAAUUUCACCCAGGUUUGCUCACAUCUCUGGUAGUUGCCAGCUUCCUCAUGUCAGCAGCCUUUGGUUACCCUGAGUUUUCCCCAUUGUUCUGCUGUGUCAGUGGGCUUGCCCCCCCUUGGCCCUUCCACAUCCAUGUUCUCUCCCUCCCACUUUUUUUUUCUUUUCCAUCCACCUUGUCCCAUGGAGCACCAUGUUGUCUUGACACCAUACACGGCCUGCCCACAAAGCCCGUGUUCUCACCCUGGCCUCAGGCUGGACGGGAGCUGCUGCGUCACUAUCUAGCCUUUCUCUAGAAUAUGCCUUGUUUGGUUUUUCCCGUCACUUCAGUUAUAUGAUCAAGAGUGAGUCUACACAAAUACCAGCACCCAACAUAGUGCCAAGUGGCCCUUCACAAGCCGUUUCAGUCCCUGAGGUUCCUGGCUGUGCUGGUGAGCCUGGCCCCUGAGCCCUUUGUUCAGGCCUGGACACUCCAGGGUCAGGUGGCAGCCGCUAAAGAAAAAUACAGCUCUUGCUUUUGUUCAUACUUUCCUGCUUACCCUUUCACCCAUCUUCUCCCCUCUCCACAUAUCAAGAGGGAAUCCUAACCCAAACAUUAAACUUCAGUUUCAUAAAAAUGCUGAGGUAGGCUGCUGCUUUCUAACUGUUCUCUCCCUUUAGCCCCCAGUACACACACACACACACACACACACACACACACACACACACACGGAAUUUGGAUAUAAAGGUUCUGCCUUGAGAUUCUUUUUUUUCCCCCUCAAAAUACUUGCAGUCAAAUGUAUAGUAGUUGUGCUAGAACAGGAAAAAUAAUGCCAUAAAGGGUUUUUACUCAGUGCUGCUUUUCCCACAAGAUCUAAAAGUGACUUAACCCCGACUCCUGCACGCCACCUGCUUUCAAGAUAGACGUGCAGUCAUUGGGACUUCUUUAUGGGAUCCUAUUGGUCAUCUGACAGCUGGAAUGGUUGUGGAUUUAUGACCCCGAAGACUACAGUAUCCCAUCCCUUUGCUUAUUUUCCCAACUGCUGAAAGAUAACUAUCUCCAUUAGAAUCGAGAAUCUGCCUUAAGAUUAGCGAUUCUGAAAACUGACUAGAUGAGUAUAAUUCUGUGAUUUGUGAGACAUGCCUUCAGCCAGCAGAAGAACAUUCUGAUUAUCUGCUUACAUUCAAAGAAAAUAGAAUUAUCACUGCAGUUAAAACCUUCAAACACAAUCUACUCCUUUAGGGAUCAAAGUAUUAGAUGUGCUGCUUAAAGGAUGGUGCUACGUAAAAAGAACUGGAGUUGGCCAGACGUUUCCCUCCCCAGAUGUUUCCACAGGCCACUUUGGUGACUCAGAAAACCCUUCACCACAUAUUCCUUUACCACCCACAGCCCCGCUAAAAAGAAAAGAAAGCCAGCUUACCCAAAUCAGUGAAAAUACAGGUAGUGCUUACCCCUGAAAUAUGUAUUUUUUUGGAAGAAAACACCAGAAGUAACCAGAGUAAAGAUGCCGUCAUUCUAAAUCAUCAUACCCCCCAAGCAUUCGAAGCUCGAAGUAGCCGCUGACACUUGCUAGCUUGUCCUGUGUGCCCAGCACUGUGCUGAGUGUUUUCACUGUCUCAUUGAUUCUUGAAGAUUCACAGACCAUACUGAGCAGUACCCCCUAAAUGAAGUCAAGUAAAAUCUCCAGUCACUUUUCUCAUCCUGGUAGAACAUUAACAGGAUGUCUGCCUGGCCCUGCUGAGUGAAAUCUCUGUACUUAACCUGUUCCUUUUUCUCUUGGGCAUUGCCGGAUGAUUCCCCCCUGGUGCACUGUUGCCCCGCCAUCAUUUCUGUGCCGACACUGGACCAGUGUCACUGUGAUGAUCUAGACACCAGGGCAUCCUUCCUCCUUGGCCUUUCUCCUGUUAUUCAUGGUGACAGAAACUCAGUGAGGCUUGGCAGCUGUGAUGCAAAACCUCUUGUUUCAAGUCCCCUGUCCCCAUCUCUGCCUCUAGGAGGUGAAUGGGAAGGUCUUGCCUUUUGCUGGGAUAGAAGAUCUUGGCUGUCACAGUCUGAGUUCUGAGGGGAACUCGAAUAUCCUAGCAUUGCUUGGGGGUAGUUGCACUAAGCGGAAGCAGAGAAUAUUAAAAGCUCACUCUUCCUGUUCUCUCUCUAUUCAGCUCUUGGAGCAUUUUUUCAGUGCCUGUGUUUGGAAGUUUCGCUAAGCCAUUCCAACUCAGUCCACUGUCCCUUCCGUCACAAUCACGAGAGGCGGUGGGGCUGGGCCAGUGCUUUGGAGAUUGGAGGCUCUGGAAUGCCAGUGUUGGAUCAGUGUCUGCCCCGCCGUGGGCUCUCUGGCUCGGCGUAAGAACUUUCUGGUAACCACAGUCCAGCUCAGGGGCGAGCUGCCUUGGGGUUGGUAUGGCGGCUCAGUGACUGUUGUCAGGGACACGGGCUCUAAGCUGACCUGAGGACUCAGCUAACUAAAAAUCCAUGCGCCUCCCUCCCAUUCUCCAGCUCUUUACCUCUCAAUAGGUGGUUCUGCAGGGGCCGGCUCUGUCGCUUCUCUCUCUUCCGACCGCUUAGUCGUGCCCUAAGCAUCCUUGAAGCCCAAGAGCGGGAACCGCCCCAGGAGCAAGGCCUCGCUGGGAGUGGCCCUGGGAGAGGGUCCCCAUGUUGACCACUGGGGAUUGGUGGCCCUUGUAAUAGGCACCUUGUUUCAUUAGCCGGCUCGUGGGGGGUUUUGGUUAUCCACUCCGCUCACCCCACCAAAUAAACCCACCCUUAAAGGGAAGGGAAGAAGGCACGUGUGCUUUCCACUGAGGAGCUGAUCCCGAUUUGGAAUCUCUGGUGGCAGCUGGGGGCACUGAAACUUCAGAAGGGAGGUGUGGGCUCUUCCCGGGGAAGGCGCACGUGACUCACCAGCCAGUGUGCACGCAGAGCUGGUCCCAGGACACCUGUUCUCUCCGUAACUUCCCACUCCCUCCAGGUCAGGUCUAAUCUCAGUCUGAUUUCUGGCUUCCUUUGAACACGGAAACCUCUCCUUUUGCUUUACUGGAACUAAGAGCCCAGCAUGAAGUUGUGACGCUUAUCCUUCCACUUCAUCAUUCACUGAAGCUAUUAAACUGGAAAGAGAACGCCAUUAGUGCUGUAUUAAUGUAAACAGCAGCCACUCUAGUGAUAUUACCCUGAACUCUUGUUUUUAUGCCAGAUUCACGGGGGGCAGGGCAGUACGUACGUUAGGAGUGGACCGAAUGAAGGUGAGGGAGCUGGGCUGCGGGCUCCUGUCAGGAGCAUUAUCGUUAGUUAUCAUUUGCCUUGGAAACCACAUUCAGUAUUGUUAGUUAGUGAACCCCUUAAUCAUUCAUCUCUGAAAAUGGGCACCACGAACGGAAACCAAAGGUACUGGGGGCGGGGCAAGAGCUCUCUGCCUGCACUGGCAGCUCUGGCAGGGCUGCUCUUGAUUGCGCUCGGUUCCCAGAACCCUCCUCUCACAGGGGCCUCUUCUCUUCCUAGUAGUUUCUCUCGCACUGACGGUAGGAAGCCAGUCCGUGCAGCCCGAGCCUCACCCCCAGCCCAGCGGCUGCGAGCCUAGAGCUGGCCACCCGGGCACCCCGCGCGUGCUCUCCGCCCCAUCUGUCCCUCCUGCUCUGCCCAAGCUAGAAGGACAGAGGCCUCUGCCGGUUCACCCAGGCCGCAAGGGGGGCCGCUGUCCCCGCCAGAAGAUGCCGAGAGCAUCACAGCCGCCUCCCCUGGAAGAGCCCACAGCCUUCUCUGAUCCCCCGUGGGCUCCCCUCCCUCCCAAGGCCGUGGUCACGCUGGGUAUGCAGCACCUUCCGAGGAUGAAUUUCUCUUUCUGUUUUUUAAGUGCCUACACAAGUUACAGACCUCUGGGACCCGCCAGAGAGUCGGCCUGUGCCCUGCCCUCCCUCCCCAACCCUGCCCCUGGCCCUUGGGGUGGGUGGCCAUGGUGGCUGCCCCUCACCAGGGUCCCCGGGUUCCGCAGGCAGAACAACUGCAGGGGUGAGCACGCGGGCUGUCGCUCUCCCCUGUGCUGCUGUUUCACGGGCGUUUCUGUGGACAGGGUCCCGGUCCUGGUCCCAGAGACUGUAGGAGCCUGCUUAGCGAAGUCCGCAGCUGCCGAGCGAGCAAGCGGGAGAGCGAGACAGCCUCGGAGCAGAAGCCCGGGUGUCUCUGACAGCCGCCAGAAGGUGCGUCCAGACCCAAGAGGCAAAGAGUCAAUCAGAGCUAUAAACAGGAUUAUUCAUUUGCCGUCAUCGGUCACUGAACCCUGGCUGCCUGUCCUCGUCCUCUCUUCCUGGAUUUGAGGGAUCAGGGUGUCUGCCCACAAGGGCCCAGAAAGGCCGUCAUCGGUAGGGGGUGAAACAAGAUCAGAAGUGCAUCUUUGAAAACGAGUGUGAGAUUAUUUGUUUGCUUCUUUUUUAAAGUACUUUAAGUCUGACCUAAACUCGGGGCCUUGAUCACGUGGUGGGCGGAUGAGGAGGGUUCUUCUGUGGCCGCACUGUCGACAUCGUGGCACCCAGCAGCGCUCGGAUGACUGGCUGGUGCGUUAGAAGGGUUUUGCAGAAUGGAACAAUCCAUACCCAGGCACUUUAUUUUCAUUAUGAAUCCAGCAUUUUUCUCCGGACAGUGGAGUAACCCAUACACUGGGCAUUCCCAUUUAACAUGUACGGCGUUUGCCAGAGGGACUGAGCUGGGUGGCCAAGGGGGGCGGUAGAUGGAAGCGAUGGGGUGGGCGAGCACCGCCGUGGAGGUGGCCUGUGAGGCUGCCGUGGAGCCGCUGCCCCCGUGAGCCGAGCCCCGAGCAGACCCUCGGCGCUCCAGGCGCCGGGCCACAGGUUCCACGGCGCUUGUCGGCUCCCCGUGUUGUAGUUGAAGAGUGUGAGCAAGGUUGGCGCGAGGCUGAACUGGGGGAGGGGAGAGGAGAGGAGAGGCGGGUUUCUCUCCGAUCACCUGGACCGGGGGCUCACCUGGAGCGGGGGCGCUGGGGGAUGGUUCCCGCCGUGGAACCCCAUGCGGCUCCGUCUCCCUGGGUGUCCGUCGUAGGGUGGGAACUCGCUGGCGCAGCGAGUUUAAACUGUAAGGCGAGUUGACGGGGGUCAUUUGAUCAGAUGCCAGGGGUGCCUCGGGUCUGCCGGAAAGUCUUUAGCAUCCGCCAAAUACUGGCGUACCUGCGACGGGCUGAGUGGGGCCCCUGCGGGCAGGCGGGGGAGGGGGGGUCGGGGCAGAGCGUUCCCCCUGCCUUCGCCGUCGUGUCUUAGUCUUUGUGUUUCCCUUUGGUGUCUCCGGGUCUCUGUCCCCAUCUUGUGCACCAUGUGUCCCUGAGGGGAGUCACACCUGUGUCUGAGUCUGCUGUAAGGUGUUCAGUCUACCUCAAGGGGUCAUCAUGGUCAACUCUGUCCCACAGCAAUCCUUCCGACGUCGCCACACACACUGGAAUGUAUAUCUGCCCCGGCCCCAGCCCGCCUUCCUGUCAGUAACCUCCUGACCCCAUCUUUUCCUCUAUCACCACAAACUCCUAGUGCAAAUUGGAUGCUGCUUUAAAUGUGAAAACACUUGUUCAAAAGCUAUAAAACCUGAAUGAAAGCUAAAGCUGAAUUUAUAAGCCUUGUUGCAUAUGAGCCAAAAGUGCAAAAAGCUCUAUAUAAUGAACUAACCUGCCACUCGUAUAAAUAUAAAUAUAUAUAAAUAUAUUAAAAUCAGACUGUUCUACAAAAUUGUGUAUUUGUAUUUUUGUGUACGUACAAUUUUCUGCUAAGCAGAAGGAGGAUGUAGUAUAGGAUGCUGUGAGAAGAGAUUUGGUUUAAUCCUAUUUCUUUGUUACUUAUUUUUGUUAACAUCAGAUGCCUGUCUUCGUCUUACGUGUAAUGACACUGUUUGGAAAGCUGCAGUAUCUCUCUUCCUUAGGGGCAGAGUCCAUGAGAGAAUGAAAUGUGGGGUGGAGAGAAUUGUCCUGGCCACCGAACACGGGACAGUGGCCCAGGCUGCCCGGGAGCCACUUGAGGCCCUAAGGUGGGACUGAGGGAGGGUGCAGGGAAGCAAAAAUCCCGUUUCUAGACAUCAGCUUCCAAACAAACAGACUGUCAGAACUAACGCAGACGCCCCACCAGCCACUGGGAGGGGACGUGGGACCUCUUGGAAGUGAGGGACAGGGCCUCUCAUCUCUGGGCCAGGAGCCUGCCCGGAAAGCAGCAGGGGGCUGUGCCUGGCAGUGCUGCCCUGCUCACUGGCCCUGAGCUCCCCACCCCUCUUCCAAGUGGUCGCUGCCUUUUUCAGAUCAGGUUACAAAACGCCUCCCCUCUGCCGAGCUGCUGGCGCUUCAUCCCCCAGGCCUCCAGCCCCAGUUAACCUGGAGGGUCUCAGAACCCACCUUCCGCCGGUGCUAACACCCAAGAGGGGGUAGCGUGGCUGCCAGCAAUGGCCAGAAACCGCCCACCGGACAGGCCGGGCCGGAGGACAAGCUCCGCGUGCCCGGGACGGCCGGCCCUCCCACCACAAAGGCGUCCAGAGGCCCUGGCCUGGGACUGCCUCUGCUGCCCACCCACCUCUCAGCCCCAAGACAGUCCCUCGUGACGUGAACCUUCUCUAGGGAGAGCGAUACUGCACCUUCACCUGUGGGACUCAUAUUUAUAACAUUGUGUAAUGACUGUAGCAAACAGCCCUUGUUUCUAGAUGUAAAUGGUCAAAGAAACAAGUGCUCUAUUGUAUUGAUUAAAAUAGUUCCAAUGAGUCCUGUAUCAUUGUAUCUCCUAUUCUGGAUUAGUGCCUUUUGGACAGUAGACUGUUCUGUAAUUAAAAUGUAGUAUACUGCUUUUUUGUACAGUUUUGUUUUAAUACAACUUUUUUUUAAUUUGUGUUUAUUUCAGUAUUGUACCUAUUAGAGAAUAAAAUGUGUAACUGAA